CUCAGAACCAAAAUUCGGGACCUGUGGAACGCCCUCCUCAGUGAGAACUUUGUUUUCAGUUUCAAGAACACACCUGAAGUUGUAGUGUACAGAAAACUGGAGGCCCUGGCGAGAAAGCAGACCUGGAUCCGGAUAAGAAGCAUGAAGACCACUGAAGACCAGCUUUUUAACACAACUGAGAAUGGAACGCUCUACGAGGCAGCAGAUCAGCACGGAGGAGCCAGAAGAUUCAAUGAAUCAGAAGAAAUUCCUGGACAUAAAGAAGACCUGCAGCACAAAGACACUGCUGCAGCAGCUGCAGAGAUUCAACAACAUUUAGAAAAACAAGAUAAUAUUCCACUAAAUAUCGCCAUCACAGGAGAAUCUGAUUCUGGUAAAUCCAACUUUGUUAAUGCCUUCAGAAGUGUGAGUGAUGAUGAGGAGGGAGCUGCUCCUACUGGUGUGAAACAAACCACCUCAGAGGUCACACCGUACCCCCAUCCCAACUAUUCCAAUGUUACUUUGUGGGAUCUUCCUGGAAUCGGCACCACCAAGUUUCCAGCUAAGAAGUACCUGAAGCUUGUCGGAUUUGAGAAGUUUGACUUUUUCAUCAUCAUCUCAGACACUCACUUCAGAGAAAAUGACGUGAAACUCGCUCAGGAGAUUCAGAAGAUGAAGAAAAAGUUCUACUUUGUUCGCUCAAAGAUCGACAACGAUAUAAAUGCUGAGAGAAGAAAGAGAGACUUCAGUGCUGAGAGGACUCUCAAAGUAAUCAGAGACGACUGCGUUCACAGUCUACAAGGCAUCGAGUCUCCACGGGUCUUCCUGGUGUCGAGUUUUAAGCAGCACUGGUGUGAUUUCUCUCUUUUACAAGAGACCUUAGAGAGAGAACUUCCUAUGAAGAAGAGAGAUGCUCUGCAGCUUGUCAUGCUCAACAUCAACCCAGAGAUCAUCAUCAAGAAGAAAAAAGCUUUUCAGUCCAAAUUAAAAUACUGGGCUACUCUGUCUGCAGCUGGAGCAGCUGUUCCAGUUCCUGGUCUCUCUGCUAAUGUUGAUGCUGCUGUACUGGUUGGUGCUGUCAAAGAUUAUGUUCAGGCGUUUGGUCUCGAUAUCCCGUCUCUGAAGAGACUUUCUGUGAGCACAGGUGUGCCCUACGCUGAUCUGCGUGCUGUCAUCACUUCACCACUGGCUGCAGCAGAAAUAACUACAGAGCUCCUCUUGAAGGUGAUGACCCAAGUGGGAUGCACAGCUUCAUUAAUGGCAGCAGAGGAAGUAUCCAGAUUUAUUCCGUUUAUUGGAAUCCCAAUAGCCAUGGGUCUCUCUUUUACUACAACUUAUAAAAUUCUGAAUGUUAUCCUCAAUCAGCUCGCUGAUGAUGCUCAGAGGGUGUUUGAAAAAGCUCUGGGUCUGUAA